AUCAACAAAAGCAGGAAGUAGCUCGUGCCUAAUGUGGCUAAUUCUAAAAGUAGCUAAAUGUAGCUAAAUGAACUUUUACCCUGUUUGUCCCGCUGCAGUGGAGGAGAAAAGGCGUCUGAAAUGCUGCUCUCUGCUCUGGUCUGCGGGGCCGUGGUGUUCCCGGGGCUUUUCUUUAGUUUUAAGGCGGGUUUGAGGCGGUUCUUCCCAAAAUGGACCGACGCAGAUGUGGUGUCUGUGAGCGAGAGACUGAUGUCUGCUGUCCACGGGUCUCUGGCCACAGCCGCAGGAUCUAUAAUUGUCAUGUCCUGCAAAGAUGUUAUGAACGACAACCACUGGUUGGUCAACACUUUUGUAAUGUUUGGAGUUCCUUACAUGACCUUUGACAUCUGUGCCAUGUACCUGAGCCACUUCCACAUCGAGAAGAGCAGGGGUCAGAGCAGAGGUCACUCUCUUCAAACCGUCAGGGCUUUUCUUCACAAAGACUGGUUGCUGGUUCUACAUCACGCGACACUGCUGUCCGUUUUCUUGCCUAUAACUUUGUUUUUCAGGAGAGGGCUGGGUGACUUUUUCAUCGGCUGCUUUUUCACCACAGAGUGCAGCUCUCCAUUUGUCUCCAUCGGGCAAAUACUCAUCCAGCUGCGCCUGGACGACUCCCGUUUGCACCGUCUCAAUGGACUCGCUGUUCUUUUCACUUUCUUCACCUGUCGGAUCCUCAUCUUUCCCUUCAUGUACUGGACCUACGGACAACAGUUUGGAAUUCCUCUGUACAAAGUGCCUUUUCAUUUACCGCUGCACUGCAACCUGGGAAAUGUAGUGAUCAUGGCGCCACAGAUUUACUGGUUUAUUCUCCUGGUGAAGAAAGCAAAAAGACUCUACCUACGGCGUAAGAAAGGGACGACAAAGGAUGAAAAAGAGAAAUAAAGGACAGACUAAGAGCAAUGGGAAUUUUUAAAUGUUUUUGCACUAUAUAAUGUUGCUUGCAAUUUAAAAAAAAAGUACAAUGCUGCUGUUUUUGAGCCUUUUAACUGCACUGCUUUUAAAUGUUUGCUGCUAUCAUGAUGUUCUGAAUAUGUCGAACGUCAGUCUGUGAAAUAUUUGAACUAUUUUUGUUUUUAAACAUUAAUAGGAACAAAUACAUUUCAGAGCUUUAUGCUUGGCCUGUGAGUUUGACUUAUAAUCAUGAGGUCUUGUUUUUUCUUGUAGUUUGACAUUGUAACUGCUAAGUCAUUAAAAAGAAACCAGGAAGGUCUGGAUUUAUAAUAAAAGUUCAAACCAUCUAACUGGAGUAAAAUGUCUAGUGGUCUUAAGGAUGUGCAGUUUAUAAAGUUAAUCAUUUCUGGUCAAUGAUCAGCUUGGGAUUUUUAAUAGAGCAACCCAUCAUUUAUCAGUAAAAUGUGGUUUCUUUGUGAGCCUGGACUGUUAAUGUUUAGAAA